UGCACCCUGACAAGGUGGAGUAGCGUCUCGGGCGGCAAAAUGGCGGCCGCGAUAAGAAACAAAUGAUCGCGAGGGUGGUGAAUCGCGACACAGGGGUGGUAUAGUAUCGACGGUUUUUUUUCUCGCGCAGGUGGUGCGCGAAUUUCGCACGGUGUAUCCGCAUGACCGGGGCCGUGAUAAGUCCCGGCGAGAAACGACGAGGGGAAGAGUAAUCUCUCGCGAGCGCGCUUUCGGUCUCUUCGUGGAACAUAAAUUCUUUAUAUAGAAGUGAGGAGAUCGUCUCGAGAUUUAAAAACCACGAUGGUGCUGCGGGUCAAAUGAGAGAGUUUCGUCAUUGCGAGACGCUGGUCGCGUGCGGACGCGCUGACGUGUGAACCGUGAUUCGAUUAUCGAUCACGGAUCCGCUGGUGCAUCGAGGAGAGAAGAGAGCGCACUUCGGCGCGAGAAUGCUCGCGGAAGGAACGACAUGGAAUUCGGCUGCAAAGCGCGGUGACGGGGCUGCUAAAAACGGCGCCAAUUCGAUAGAUUGAUAAAUCUGCCGAUGGGAGAGCGAUCGCAACCAUGCAUCUGCAUUUUGAAAAAAACAACAACGCCAAGUGCGAUUGCAAUAUCUUAUCGCUCAGUUGGAUGGGCAAAGUGCCGGACGAGUCGCCUGAGGACGAAGGAUGGAAGCUCGACCGUGCAAAUUACUACCAGGAAGGAUGGUUAGCCACUGGCAACGCCCGCGGCCUGGUGGGAGUGACUUUUACCUCAUCGCAUUGUCGCACCAGAGCCACGGAACUUCCGCUUCGAGCAAAUUACAAUCUCCGAGGACAUCGUAGCGAAGUGAUACUUGUGAAAUGGAACGAGCCUUAUCAAAAAUUGGCCUCGUGCGACAGUUCAGGUGUAAUCUUCGUCUGGAUCAAGUACGACGGUCGAUGGAGCAUAGAAUUGAUCAACGACAGAAAUACACCCGUCACGCACUUCUCCUGGUCCCACGAUGGUCGAAUGGCUCUCAUAUGUUACAGGGAUGGUUUUGUACUGGUCGGCAGUGUCGGCGGUCAGAGAUAUUGGUCGUCAAUGCUUAACGACAAAGCGACGAUAACUUGCGGCAUUUGGACACCGGACGAUCAGCAGGUCUAUUUCGGCACUACUUCGGGCCAAUUAAUCGUGAUGGACGUUCACGGAGCUAUGGUAUCGGAGGUGCAAUUAGCGGCCGGUGUCACCUCGAUGGCCUGGAGCGCCGAAAAAUUCACGAUGGAGGAAGACGAAACGUGCGAUCGGUCGCAAAAAGAUGAUCGAACCUAUGUACUGGCCGUUUGCCUGGCCGACGGCACCGUCGUCAUGCUGCGAUCGUUCGACGACGUAUCGCCUAUCACAAUACGCAGCAAUUUGAAGCCGCCUCUGCACGCGGAAUGGAGCAAUUCGAAGAAAUUGCUGGCCAUCGCCGGCACGAAGGAAACCGACGUCCAGCAAGGCAAUUCGCAGGAGUACACGAAUCUCCUCAAGUUUUACUCGGUCAACGGCACACUCAUUUACACCACGGAGAUUCCGUACACGCAAUGUCCCGUAUCAGCAUUGACGUGGGGACAUAACGACAAGCGGCUUUUCGUAGCGACCGGGACGCGCGUGCACACGGCAUGGGUCUCCAGGAGAGUCGGUUCGCUUCAACUGUUGUCGAGAUUAGCAGUGAGAGCGGCACUCACGAGGGAAUCCAGCGUUCAACAACUUCCAUUACCGCCGCGAUUAAGAGCUUCGGUGGCCGCUCUUUUCGCGAACACAAUACGAUGUUCCGUGCCGGAACCGAGGGAGCUGCGACGCUUUGUGUCAAGGCCGCCGCCCGGAGGCAGUCGGUUGCACUGCACAAUGCUCAGACACACUGUGGAACCGGUGCCGUACUACACGCUGUACCUAGAAUAUUUGGGCGGUCUUGUGCCGCUUCUGAAAGGCAGACGCACCAGCAAGAUCCGGCCCGAGUUCGUGAUUUUCGAUCCGCAGAGUCAGGAAACCCUGCAGGUGUUCGACGACAUGUCGCACUGUCCUUGGUGCAGCGACGGUUCGGACACCGAAAAGGAUACCGCGGAUCUGUGCGGUUCGCCCCGAUAUCGAAAGAAGAACAGAAAGAAACGGGAAGAAAGAUCGAACGACGACGCGAUGGAACGAGAUGAGAGAACGCACGACCUCACGUACACGGACACGUUGCCGGAGCACGCAAGGCUGGUCGAGGUAACGUCCAACAUCUGGGGCACGAAAUUCAAGUUUCACGGCUUGGCGGAUUCGAUCCCCGCUAACCUAGGUCAGGUUACUUAUCGAACGUCGUUGCUGCACUUACAACCGAGGCAAAUGACGCUCGCAAUAACGGAACUUCGGGAUGAUCUGCCUGCAGGUCCAGAUCCGACAUUCAAUCCCAAUCUGUUCUCCGAAGACGAAGAGGAAUGCUUUCAAGAAGCGAGCUCGAGAACCACUCCGGAUACGCAAUUGCCGCCGAUCGCGCCAAUGACCCCACGUACCGCUCGACUGAAUCAUCCGAAUCGUCCGAAAUCUCAGCUCGCGAAUCAGUUCCUGGCGAAAGAGAAUUUGCCGACGUCGAUGGGGAAAACCGAGCGCUACGACAGCGAGUACAUGCCGUAUAUGGAUCUGCAGGACAUUGAUAAUUUGUACGAGAACAUCAGAAACGCACCCACGAAUACUUAUCGGACACCACCGAGACACAAUCCGUCGAGAUGCUGCGACGUACCGGCGUUGCAGUCACCAAAAAACGCGGUGGCGCCCACGCAGACGCUGAUAGCGACCUCGACCACGGGUGCCGACUACGCCAAUAGUAUUCAAAGAAUGAAGAACGUGCUCGCGGAUCAACAGGUCGGUGUAGCGAUGAAGAAAGAGCUGGAGAACAACAAACUUAAUCAGAUCUCGCAGGACGACAAGCCGAGCUUGUUGUCGGUUUGUCCGACAAGCAUCAUCUCUACGUCUCUGCAGAACGGCCAGACGCUUAACGCAGAAGCGUCGAGUAGUCGGUACAUCUCCCAAGUGCCGAUUCUAAACGGUCUAGAAAGCAGUGAGUGCACCUCUCCUGCGCAAACGGUGUACAUAAAUGGUCUAAGUAACACGACGUGUGAGUGUAACGUCUCGACUGCGUCGCACUCCGUCAACAGCGUUCCGACGCAAAGCGCUCACAGUUUUACACAUAACAAUAAAAAUAAUCAAAACAGCGCGACGAGCCUGAACACGACUACGAACAGCGCUCCACUCGGGCAAGCUUCCAGUUUAUUCGCUAAGAACGGCGCGCACGGAACGGUGUCGCCGGCGUGUUCCUACCAGUUUCCAGAGAACAUCGAUCAGUGUUUCGGAUCGUUGUACUCGCAGUACUUAACAAAGCCCAAAGAUCCCAAGUGCCACACGUGCUGCGGAAAAACGAAUCCCGGCUACGUAAACACCGCCGCGACACUCACUGUCAACCCCGAGGACGAUCUGAUGAAGUUCAGCGACGACGAGAAUCGCGAGAAUAUUGCCGAGAAGAUGACAGAGCAGUCGCGCGGCGUCCACAGGACCUCGACGGUGUUCAGUAUCGGUCUGAUGUUCACAGACGAAUCGAUAGUCCGCAGCUGCAGCGUCGGAUAUUUGGAUCUGGUGGACCAUCAGUUGGUCCCGUGCGAUCUAGAUCUGAGGUUGCCGAACAAGAGACUGGUGUUGGUGUCGCGCAAAACGAAACGACGGAAAAGGAACAAGCCCCAUCAGCAGAACGCGAAUCAGUCAAGCACGAAACCGCCCAGACUUCGCAAUUGCGGCAAGUCCAAGAGCCUCGACUCCAGCGAUAUCUUCCCGAGUAACGAGCAAAUAGCUCCGUCGCAAUUGCCGAAACACGUGGAAGAGACGGUAGGAAUGACCAGUUCCGAAGUCACUGAGGUCGCCGAGGUCGCCGAGGUCGCCGAGGUCGCCGAAGUCGCCGAGGUCACCGAAGUCGCCGAGGUCGCCGAGGUCACCGAGGUCGCCGAGGUCGCCGAUGCGACAAAACAAAGCGAAUCCGUGGAAUCGCCGAAAGACGUCAAACUCGCGCCUACUGAAAAACGCGAGGAGUGUAACGCGCACGCAGCUGCAUGUGAAGCCACUGUCAGAGAAAAGCCGAGCCAGGCGGAAGCCGUCCCAUCUACCGCGAUAGGAUCGAGUCUGAAUGGAUCUUUCGCCUCGUCGCUCGACGGUCUCACCGAGAGCAUUCAGGACUUCGAUGAAAGUUUUUCUUCUUUGCCACCCUCUCUACCGCCCUCUCUACCACCCUCUCUGCCUCCUUCACCUCGACCGUCAUCCAGAUUGCCGAGAAGUUCUCCUAACAGCCCAGCGCCGUCCAAGAAAGGGAAAAGACCGGCGUCAGCUUCUCCGAUCAGAAGGAGGCUCUUUUUGUCGAGUCCGCUGUUGAGUAGACGAAUAAGAAAGAACCGCGGCGAGAGUUCGGACGAGGAAGGGCUCCUGCAGGACGAUUCGACGUCGACGAAGAUUUAUCGGGACUUGGAAACGUUCCAGAAAGCCCAGCUACGUCAGAAGCUCAGGCAGAGAGGAGCUGGAGUCUCGAAGUCAGAAGCGAUAAGGCGCGACGCGCAACUGGUGAUGCACAAUAAAGCACCCAUGUGGAACGAAUCCAGCCAAGUGUAUCAGCUCGAUUUCGGUGGCAGAGUAACUCAGGAAAGCGCGAAGAACUUUCAGAUUGAGUACAAGGGUAGACAGGUGAUGCAAUUCGGACGAAUAGAUGGCAACGCGUACACGUUGGAUUUUCAGUAUCCGUUCAGCGCUUUGCAGGCAUUUGCCGUUGCGUUGGCGAACGUCACGCAACGGCUCAAGUAAUUGUGACUUUUUACACGUCUGAAUUACGUGGUAAAAACUGACUUCGCUAAAUGUAUCGUACUUAUAAUCGUGUGCCGAAAAGUAAAAAAAAAAAACUUCGGUCUGUAAUGGAUAAAAAAAGUUUGCAAAAAUGAUCAAGAUCACGAAAAGCUCCGUUCGCGCAAGUUCCGACAGUUGAUUAUUCAAAGCACAGUACGUAUCGAUAGACUGAUUCUGACACACACGCAAUUCUCGAUUACGCAUCAUCGAUUCUUCUCGCGGCAGAAUGAAGAAUUACCUAUCGAGAGAGAACAACGUCGAUGUUCGUCGGGAACGAGCGAAUUUUCAUGUUUCGGGCAAUGUGCAAACGAAGUAAAGCGAGAGAGAGACACCCACACACACACGUUGAUGCGCUGAAUGCAGUUGCGAGCGAUUUGAAUUUGAGUGGAACACAAAGAUUUUGCGACAGCUAAAUGUAAACGUUUUGUUGAACGCUUUUUCGUCGUACCGUCCAAAAUAUUUCGUUUCUCCCAAUUUCGAGCGCUCAGUUUUUGUAUAGUUUAUGCGACACGUUGGAGUCUAGUGACGCUGUUGACGGUUCACUUCGUUCAUUUUUGCGGUCAGCCGAGUGUGUAUUCGAAUUUUAUAUAUACACAUAUACUAUAUAUAUAUAUAGAUAUAUAAAUAACAUUAUUGACAGACUCGCGCAGUACGCGAGAGAGUUUCAUGUUGUUCAAUUAAAUGUUUCUUACGCGUUUGGUGAAAAUAACGAUAAUAAAAUGAAACAAACGAUGAAUAAAUGAUAACGAUAAUAAUACUACCAAAACGAUAAUAAAGAAUAACGAUAGUAAUAUAAUAUAACGUUUGACGUCCGGCCUGUAAUGGUCUCCGCCAUUUUAACGAUAAACACAGGACAGACUAAUUUUUAAGAAAAGAAAAAUCAAGAGAUCAUUGCAGAAGUACGCACGUGUGUAUUAAUGGGAGUGUGCGCAUGAAGGCGUAUGACCUAAGUCGUCUUGUAACACUAACAUACUUAAGUAAAAAAACGACCCGAUUCGCACGAUCACCAUGGUGCUAACUUCGUCGAUAUCGAAAAUUAUUACGGUCACGAUCGAUAUUCAGGCCUAUGUGACACACAAAACAGAUGUGUGUCAGCGGUUUUGUCAGCAAGAAAAAAAACAUUCACCGUACCGAGUUCCGUGACUGGGGCGCCCGAAACAAACAAAAGACACAAAAGAUUCUACAAACGAUACGUAGGUGCGUCACAAAUCUGCAUUGCUGCGCCGUACGUAUGUAUGUACAUAUAUAAAUGACCGAAAAACAUGCAAGAUUCACCGUCCGCUGUGCAGGAGGUCGUGACUUUAAAGAGUCAAGGUCAAUUUCCUCUCUCUCUCUCUCAUGCAGAUUAGAUAAGGAUCGGUUUUAGAUCACGAGACACGUGCAGAAGGUUCGAGGUCUUCUUGUUCUUUUUUUUAUUCAAUGCCGAUGCAACUGUGCGUCAGACAAGAGAUCUGAGAAAUUACAUUGUAUGCAAUGUAUAGUCUAUAUAUUUUCUCCACGUGUGCACUUUUGAUCGUUGUAAACCCGCGUGCUGCUCCGCGAAACAUCAGGAUUUAGAGAUGCCUUUAUAUCGAAUCGUGCACAAUAACAUUCUAUGUACUUCACAUAUAUAUUCGCAUCUUGGUUUCGAAACGUCCCAUUUUCACGAGCGCGAUGUUAUUUAGCGCGAUGAUAGUCGUAGAAUCUCCCUCGCCACACGGAUCGUCGAAGUACAGAACGGUAGGUCUCGUAUGAUUACAAAAGAGAUUCACUUUUUUUCUAGUCGUCUUCAUUUUACUAUUCUCGUCUUCACCGCUAUUUUAAUAUGAAUCGCAAAUUUAUGCGGGAAAGAUGAUCGUGUAUAUUGAAUUUUUUUUCGAGAGGUUUUUAAGUGAAAUCGGAGUGUCGAUUAAUCGGUACGAGCUCACGAGUUACUCGUAACGAUAUAACGAAAGGAUUUUUGUACUCCGCAGAGAUUUCUCUUUCAGUCGCGAGCGUAUGAUACAUUUACUGGAAAAUUUUUAAUAUAACUGUACGAUUGUAAAGUAACGUAAAGUUAUCGCCAUUUAAUUUAACUCUUAAAUAUUGCCGAAAAGAAAAAUAACACAACAGAAAUAUUUUUUUCAAAAUGAAAAAAGAGAAUCAGAGAAAUCAUUUAAAUAGUAACACGCGCACGACUGAGGCAAUUCUGUGCUGUCCUUGCGUCACACGUCACGUGAAUUAGCACCUCAUUCAUCAUUAAUAUCCACUUCCGAUCCGAACAUAUCUCAUUUAUUGCGUAGACAUUGCAUUCCACAGAUUCAGCCGAGCAGAGCGGACUUGAGUCACGCAAGUAAAUGAACAUAACGUUACAUUGUCGUAAUUAAGGCCUCUCCGAACUCCUCGAAUUUACACGAGCGGCGAUUUUCUAUGCACGAAAAUCAAUCGGCAGAAACAAUUGCCAGUGAAUGCGAGUUCUUGAAUUGUGAGUUCACUCGUAAUACGUAUUCCAAAUAUAAUCGGAGGAUCGCGUGUAAAUUCGAGGAUUGUUGCGUACGAGAUAAGACGAGGUGACGGUUUUUACUAGUCAAAUAAUCGAUGCUGUGAUUAUAUCCGUACACAUAUAAAAAUGAGGGAAGAGAUAUUAUACGCGUAACUUCUUUUUGUAAUCUUCGACGACUUUAGCGCAUUAUUGUGUAGAAAAUCGCGCGACGCUUCAACGCCGUUAAAUAGAGUGCCUACAUUUGCAUUCGACGAAACCGCCUAUUUAAUACACAGGAUUAUAAUACUCGACGUCGAAUUUUCAAUCAACACAAAUUGAUGAUGUAGCUGCCUCGUAUGGGAAGGCUUGUCGUUAUUUUCACGCGUAUUAUUACACAUAAUAUUUGCACAUUCGGGCCAUGUGUUUUCCCAGGAUAUGAUAGAGCGAGCAAGAAGAUUUACACAGGAUAUAUGUAGAGUAAAUCUCUGUCUCUUCCUCCUCCUCUUCUUUUUUCUCUUCUUUUCUUCUUUCUCUCUCUCUCUCUCUCUCUUUCUCUACUAAAAAUUAUUUAUUAGUCAGUUUUUUACAAACGCGUAUUAUAGACAUCUAACACGUGACUGAGCUCCAAAAUGUUCGGCCUAGCUUAAGUUGUAUCUAUAGAUGUGUAACCCUCUCUUAUCUCUCUCUUUUUUUUUGUUUUGCUCCAAUUUUUUCUCUUUAUCGAUGUAGCAUUAAAACUGUGCUUUAAACAAAUGCUAUAUGUAAAUUUUACGACUGAGUAUAUUAUAAGGAGAUUCUAUAUAUAUAUAUUGUAUCUGAUUGGAACGAUUUUUCUUGUAUGAAUGACAUAAUAUUGUUAAUUCAGUUCUUGCCUUAGUGCUAACGAUAAUUCUGUAUAUGUGCAAUGUAAUUUUGUUACCAAAUACAUUAACGAUUAUCAAGACUAUUUGUAAAUAAA